GGCAGCUAUAAUUAAAGGGUUUAUAUUAAAUUAUCUAAAAGAUUUAUACAAAAAUCUCAAGAAUUCUUUUAAAACGUCCAUACUAAACUUUCUAGAAAGGCUUAUACAAAUUUCUAAAGAAAGGUUUUUAAAAGAUUAUCUAGAAAGAUUAAAUCUGGAAAAGUUAUGCGUAAUAAUAUGCAUUGCAUACUUUUUUUCAGACAAAAAUGUAAUGGGCUGCAGUUGUGUUUUCUUGCAUCUUUUUCUUCUUAAUAAUUUAUACAACUUUAAUAAGGCGAUGACGGCUUUGAGAAGGGAUGAGUCUGGUUCAAUGUACAAGGAUACAUCUGUAGCGUGUUUUCAAUGUUCAGAUUUGGAAGUUGAGGUUGAUUCACAAGAUGAAAUAAUGGGCCCUUGUCCAGGAUGGCUCCGCCCACCUGUUUUAUAUCCAUCAUACUCAGUUUAUGAUGGUUGUAUAAGUAUUUUGGACAGAAAUGGAAGUAUUUUAACCCAGGGUGGAAUACUCUACUCUUUAUGCAAACAGUAUCAGAAUAUGCCAGGCUAUGUACAACAGAUUACAGGAAUGUCAGGCGGAGAGGUCGUCUGUUGUAAAGGAGAACAGUGUAUAACACCGUAUCAUAGAACUGCUGAGAGAAACGAAGUUGGAGAACUGUAUACUAAACUUAAUACUCUACAUACAGCAGAACACAAGUCAGGUGAUCAAGUUGACCUGCAGGCUUUGUGCAGUUCCACCCACGUGAUAAGACAUAGUUUCAUAACAUGUAUUAUUAUUAUCAUCUCAUUUUUUUGUCGACUAAUAUAUAUCUAAUUAAAAAUAAACAAUAUGAAUGUUA